AUGGCUAAGAAAGAAUGGUUUACAAACGCUCAUGUUGUUCUCUGCAAUUAUCCUCCUCCUUGCUUAAGGCUGGUUCCAGUGUUUGCUCAGCAAACCAAAAAUGUUCUUAUUGAUGCUGCAUUUGAAAGUAACCUACGUACUCUCUCCGCGUUUGUGGUUCAUCCGUGGGGAUGGCCCACUGCGAAGUAUGGCUUCAUCAAGCGCGAGCGAAAAAGGGAGAGUGAGCAGGGAGAAUCGAUGCUGAAGAAGCGCCUCCGGAACGAAGCCGCGGCGCUGGAUUACGUCUCGAAGCACACGACCAUUGCGGUGCCCAGGCUUUUGUCCUAUGGGACGGACGAGGAAGGGCAGGCAUAUAUCGAGACUGAGCUUCUGGGAGGGGCCCUGUGCAGUGAAGUCAUAUAUCAAUGCUGGAUGCCAGAGGGUCGGAAGCAUAACACUACUACUGGCGGGGAAUGCAGCACCUGCCAGGCCAUAGCGACCGCCAACGCUGACCGCUACGUGAAGGAGGUGGUGUUGCCCCAGCUCGAGGGGUUGACAUCACGCACGACGGGGCUCAACGGGGUCGUUAUCCCACCGCCGUGGGUGCUCGAGUACGACAAGCGACCUCAGUGGGUCUCGAAGGAGUCUGCCGACGAGGACUAUGUCUUCUGCCACGGUGAUCUGGUCAACCACAAUAUUUUGAUGCACCCACAAACAUUGGAGGUCGUGGCGGUUAUUGACUGGGAGCAUGCCGGCUUCUUUCCUCGGGAAUUUCAGCAAUGGUGCUGCUCACGGAGCGAGUAUGACGCGCUGUUCACUGAUAAAGACCGGCUUCGCCGCUGUAUAGCGAGUAUCGAGGCGUGA